GCGAGCGGGGCGUGGGCCAAUGGGGGCGCGGGCCGGGACGCGCCCGCGGCGCUGGAGGCGGCAGGUUGCGGCGGCGCCGGGCCCAGAGGGAAUCGGUCGGACGGAGCCGGGUCCCGACGCCGGCGGGCGCCCAGGACCGGGAUGCUCUCGGGGCUGGUGGCCAUGGAGCUGAAGGUGUGGGUGGACGGCAUUCAGCGCGUGGUCUGCGGGGUCUCCGAGCAGACCACCUGUCAGGAAGUGGUCAUAGCGCUUGCCAGAGCCAUAGGCCAGACGGGCCGCUUUGUGCUGGUGCAGCGUCUCCGGGAGAAGGAGCGGCAGCUGCUGCCUCAGGAGUGUCCCGUGGGCGCCCAGGCCACCUGCGGGCAGUUUGCCAAUGAUGUCCAGUUUGUCCUAAGGCGGACAGGACCCAGCCUGGCGGGGAGGCCGUCCUCGGACAUCUGCCCGCCUCCGGAGCGCUGCCCCAUCCGUGCCAGCCUCCCCCCGAAGCCUCGGCUGGGCCGUGAGCCCCGCAAAGCCCUCACCUUCAGCCUGGGCGGCCCCAGGCUGGCCCCCAGCCCCCCGCCCGCGGCCACAGACCUGCUGUGCCUGGAGCAGCGUGUGCAGAGCAACGAUGCGGAGCUGGGCCAGGAGGCCUUCUGGGAGCAGGAGCUGCGGCGGGAGCAGGCCCGGGAGCGCGAGGGUCAGGCACGACUGCAAGCCCUGAGCGCCGCGACCGCCGAGCACGCCGCCCGGCUCCAAGCCCUGGACGCCCAGGCCCGCGCGCUGGAGGCCCAGCUGCAUCUGGCCACCGAGUCCCCCGGGACCCCUCUGCCCACAGCCUCUGCCGCUGAGCGGCUGCGCCAGGACCUGGCGGCCCAGGAGCGGCAGGGAGCCGAGGUGCAGGGCAGCCUGGCCUUGGUGAGCCGCGCUCUGGAGGCCGCCGAGAGUGCCCUGCAGGCCCAGGCCCAGGAGCUGGAGGAGCUGAACCGGGAACUGCGCCAGUGCAACCUCCAGCAGUUCAUCCGGCAGGCGGGGGCCGCCCCGCCGUCCCCACGCACACAGGGUCUCCCUUCUCCAGCCAGAGAAGAGCCCCUCCCAGGACCCCCCCGGAAUCCUGCCCUCACGCCCAGCCUGAGCCCAGAAGUUGCCCCCAUGAGGCAGAACUCCUGGAGGUAGCGGCUUCUGUCCCCCUGGAGCACCGCUGGGAACCCCGCCAAGGAGCAGGGCCUGCCAAGGGGCCAGAGGGUUUCCGCCACAGCUCCUCCCUGGGGUGCCAGGACAUUGCACUCAACUCUGCCCUGCGCUGCGUGCAUCCGUGUGUGCGUGAAUGUGCGUGUGCGUGUCUGUGUGCGUGGACCACCCACCCUCCCCCAACACUAAAACCUCAAUAAACUGCCCAAAGCAGA